AGAAAAGACUCUUCUGAUUCUGAGCCAGUUGUACAACAGUUGUAUACUAUUUGCUACUUGAGGCCUGUGAUAAGGACCCCAAGGCUUGUUCGUCUCUCUGAACACUGCACACAAACUGUUCAAAGUACAUACGAUAAAUCUAUACUUAAGAUCUGUGCCAGAGACGUCGCGCCAUCAAUUGGAGUAGAGAAUCUGCUGUAAAAGAUAAUCUCUGACUCUGGGAGAUACCAGAUCCUCCCAACUGUCAUUAUCUCCUCUUCCGAGAGCGGUACGAACCGCUGUAGAGCUGUAUGUCUGCUCUGCCACCCCGAUAUCAAUGAACGCAAUCCGAUCGGACUUCAAGUACUUUUCAGCCAAUCGUAGGGUUGACUCCUCCGCAUCCGACGUGGGAGACCGUCGCGCACAAGCGACUCGUGCGUUCCCGACGCCAGGCGAGAAAAACUCGUCCAGCGCGGCAAACAUCUUCGCUUCCGCCUCCGUGCCAUCAGACGACGACGAGUAGUAUCGUGGCGCUACAAGACGCUCCAGCGUGUCGAAGCCCAGGAUGAAGGUGAGCUCAGGUCGGAUGAGGUUGUUGGCGCCGAGCGCAGACAGCCGGCGUUUCAGGAACGUCUGCAACUUGGUGGCUUUCCCGACAAACGUAGGCUCAUCGACGAUUGCUACAGCCACGUUGUCUUCAUCUCCAGCGUCCUGCGCCAAGAGCCGCAUCAUCUCGAGCCGUUGCAGGUAGGUCGCGUCCGUCGACUUGAGGGUCUUGUCGGCAUUCUUGAUGGAGAGCAGAUAGAUCUUGGCAUCAUAUCCACUAGAUUCGACAAACGGGCGCGGCGCAUUCGCUAACGCCAUGUGUGCUCGCGUCGGGGGAUUGAACGACGAGUCCAUGAUCGAGAUUCGCAGAGCUCUGGGAGUCCGGGAAAUUUCGCUCUCAGAACGCCCCAGCGGCCAUCGCUCGUAUGGGACAUGGACUAACUCGAACUGAGAUAGGCCUCGUUGUACAGUGUUGAUAAGAUUAAUCGUGGAAGCUGUCCGUGCCAUGGCGGGGAUGGAUAGUAUGUGGCGGCGAGGCCGGGCCGGGACCACGACAGAUGUCAAUCAGAUCCAUCAAUCCCGAAAAAACUUGCUCUCGACCCCCGACAUGAGCAGCCUCAUCUCGGCUGUCUCAUGGGUCAAACGUGGUGCCGCGAUUAGGCACCCGGAAAAAUAUGUCCUCGAUGACAAUGAGCUCCAGCGCGUAAGCCAACUCGCGCGGAUCGAGAUCGAGGAUGCGAGAGUAGAGAUGGAACGAGCCCACGAGGCUGCAAAGGCGAUGGGGAUGGGUGCAGAGGGCGAGGAGGCGGAUGACGCAGGGGAUAACGACGACGAGGCGAAUUGGGUCGAUUUACAGUGAGGACGACGAUGCGAUGGACGUAGACUCGGAGUCGAAGCCCAAGCCCGGUAAUCUCGAAGAUCUAUCCGAGUAUAAUAUGGACGAUUAUGACAACGACGCCAAGACGAUAUCUACUGGUCCAUUCAGUAACAUCAAAGGACUGACAUACUACCAAAACGACGAAGACGAUCCAUACGUCACAUUGAAGGAGGAUGAUACCGAGGAAGAGCGUGAACAACUCGAAGUACUCCCCACCGACAACCUUCUCGUCGCCGCAAAAACCGAGGACGAGAUCUCUCAACUUGAAAUCUACGUGUACGACGAGUCCGAGGAGAAUCUCUACGUGCACCACGAUCUCAUGCUACCCAACUUCCCCCUUUGCCUCGAAUGGCUUGACUUCCCCCCGACAACGAGCCACGCCACCUCAACAUCCGCCCCCACAAGUAAUGGCUUCGGAAACUUCAUCGCUGUCGGAACGCUAGAUCCUGAGAUCGAGAUCUGGUCACUGGACGUGCUGGAAGCGAUGUAUCCGACAUCUAUUCUCGGACGGCCAGACGAGACAAAAGCACACGUGCCGACACCUCUUGGAACCGGCAAAAAGAAGCGCAAAAAGACCAAGCAUCGCACAGCAGUGGACGCACACCACGUCGACGCUGUGCUCGCGCUGAGCUGGAACAAAACCCAGCGCAAUCUGCUGGCGAGUGGCAGUGCAGACCGCACCGUGAAGCUAUGGGAUCUGACGCGGGAUCCAAGUGCUGGAGAGGGUGCGAUCCGGAGCUUUGAUCUGCAUAAGGACAAGGUGCAGGCUGUAAGAUGGAACGAGCGCGAUCCCAGUGUGCUGUUGACGGGCAGCUACGAUCGGACUGUGCGGACUUUCGAUACGAGGGCACCGGAUGGAGGUGUUGGUGCUGUAGUUGGGAGCGACGUGGAAGCUUUGCGCUGGGAUCCCUGGGAAGAGUACGGCUUCUACGUCUCCCUAGAAAAUGGUUUGGUGCUCAACUUUGAUAUCCGAACACUGCCUACGAAUCUCAACGAUCCGUCGCCGGCCAAGUUCACCCUCUCAGCACAUGAUGGAGCAACGUCUGCACUGGAUAUCAACCCCCACAUCCGGGGCUGUAUUGUAACCGGGGGCAAUGACAAGCUAGUGAAGGUAUGGAACAUCGCUGGCGACGAUGCAUCGCGAAGUGUUAGUCUCGUCACUUCGCGAGAUCUCGGUGUUGGCAAGGUCUUCUCGGCUGUGUGGUCUCCCGACGAUCCGCUUACUCUGGCCGCCGGAGGCUCACAUGCCAAGCUACAAAUCUGGGACGUGGCGGCCAACGCGGGUGCCCGAAAAGCGUUUGGACCCAAAUUGAAGGAAGCUGGUCGCGUUUUGAAGGAGAGGCAGGCCGAUGGCGACCAUGGUGGACUGGUUGGACUUGUUGAUGAUGACGAGGAAAGCGAGGAGGAGGAGUGAAUGUAGCCAUCGGUUUAGAUGAAUGCUCUGGCGAAUGUAACACGCUUUGCCCCUGACUGUCGCGUGGGCGUAUACGGCACUGCCACUGGAUACUGUGCAUGCACUUCCGGUCGAUCCGUGAUCUUGAUCAUGAAGCUUUUUGAGUUGCCCGCUCUGAACCCCUCUUUGCAGCUUCCACCCAAUAAACUGUUCUGACGUGCAUCUCUGUUGCAUCUAUCCAACCUCCCGUCGUGACGGCUCGCAUGUCCAUGAUGUUCCAUUCAAUCAAGUCAGCCGACCUUCGUCACAAGCAAGCUACCCACGCCGGCAACACGGAUAUUCUAUCAGGGGCCCGACAAAUAAAAGCAGAAUCAUAUGCUACACGCACAUAGAUCCUCCAUCUUCCUCUUCUCCGCAUGGAGACACUCGUGGUCAGACUGCGCACACUCUUCGCUGCGUACCCCCGGCUGCUGUGGAGCGCCAGCGCAGUCGCGGCGUGCGCUGUGCUCGUGCGCCUGCUGUCGAAAUCCCAGCGGCGGGGAAAGUACAUUUUGCGUCUCGGGCUAGUGGGAUCGGCGGCGCCGGGCAAGUUGUGGGAGACGUGCGCGUACGAUGUCAUCAUUGUCGGAGGAGGUACCUCGGGUUGUGUGCUUGCUGCGCGGCUGAGCGAGGAUCCGUCUAUUCGCGUGCUGUUGUUGGAGGCGGGAGGGAGCGGCAGCGCUCUCAUGUUCUCUCGCAUCCCGUCUGGAUUCGGCAGGCUGUUUUUGUCGAAACACACGUAUGGGAUCAAGACGGAACCGCAAGUCUUUGCCAAGUCGCAGCGACGCGUCUUUCCCAGAGCGAAGCUUCUGGGAGGCUGCAGCAGCAUCAACGCCCAGAUGGCUCAGUACGGUGCUCCGGGCGACUUUGACGAGUGGAGUGCCUUGAUGAAGGACGAAUCGUGGUCCUGGAGGAACUUGCAACAGUACUUCCAGAAGUUCGAAAAGUACCUCCCAGAUGCAGCGUUCCCCGACGUGGAAACGGCAGAACGCGGUUCGAGUGGACCUAUGCGAGUCGGCUAUUUCAAUACAGUCUCUGCCCACUCGAAGGCAUUCUUGAAGGCGUGCGAGCAGGUUGGGAUACCGAACAUUCCGGAUUUCAACACGUCAAAAGGUCCUGUUGGUGCCAGUCGCCUGAUGACAUACAUUGACGAAAAGGGAACGCGAGUGUCCACCGAGUCGGCCUAUUUGACCCCGGAAGUUCUCCGCCGACCUAACCUCAAAGUAGCCAUUCACGCCACCGUGACCAAGAUUAUAUUCGAGCAAGUUAACGGCAGCCCCCGUGCAGUUGGUGUCGAGUUUGCUUCAUCCUCGACUGGACCGCGUUACCGUGCUCGGGCCAGAAAAGAGGUUGUCCUCUCUGGUGGUGCGAUUCAUUCACCUCAUCUCCUAAUGAUCUCUGGGAUCGGACCCGCAAAACAACUCCAACAGCACGGCAUCCCCGUUGUCCUCGAUCUGCCAGGUGUCGGUGCGAAUCUGAUCGAUCACCCGGUCGUCGACUUGUACUUCAACGAUAAGAAGCAGUCCUCUGUGAGAAGCCUUGUUCCUUCGAGCCCAGGCGACGUCGCGCGAUUGCUGCGGUCGUAUGUGCAGUACUCUAUGUAUGGCACCGGGCGACUGGCAACGAAUUUCGGCGAAUCAGCAGCUUUUGUGAGAACAGACGACCCCGUUCUCUUCCCACCGAGCGAAUAUACGCAAACUCUCGCGGACAGUACCUCUGGAGCAGCAAGUCCAGACCUCGAGCUAUUCUGUACCCCACUGGCCUACAAGGUUCCGAGCAUGGUGCCAUCAUGUUUGACAUGCACACGUAUGCGCUGCACUGUUACCUCGUUCGGUGAACCACAAAGUCGCGGUGCAGUGCUGCUCACCUCGUCUGAUCCGUUCGCGAUUCCCAGUGUCAACCCCAACUACCUUGAAAAGGCGGAUGACCUCGAAAAGCUUGUGCGUGGAUACAAAAUCUUGCUCAAGAUCGCACACACGACAGCGAUGGACCCGUAUCUGGACCACGCGGACACCAACCCGGAACUAGACCAUUUCCUGCACACGAAAUCCGACGACGAGCUCAGGGAAGUCGUCCGGGAGCGGGUCGAGACCGUCUACCACCCGACCAGCACAUGCAGAAUGGCGCCUGCGGAGAUGGGCGGCGUCGUCGAUGCUCGAUUGAAGGUUUAUGGCGUCGCGGGUCUGAGGAUCUGCGACGCUUCAAUAUUCCCAGAUAUCAUCUCUGGCCAUACGGCCGGCGCGUGCAUCGCUGUGGCUGAGAAGUUCGCUGACGAUAUGAAGAGGGAUCUUGCUGUGGAGGUGUGAAAGCGUUGUAA